UGGUUCAGUCCAUUUUCCUUGCAGAGAAACAUUUCCUUUCCCUGCCUAUGUCUGCCGUUCGGUUCCCCGCUCUGGCAGCCGCGCAGUGCGGGCAGUAGGCACCCUCCCGCGCGAUGGGAUGAGACGCGAUGGGAUGCGGGGCGCGCCGUGGCCCGGCGGAGCCCUGUGGCUCCCUCCCCACCUGCCCGCCGGGUGGUACAGUCUGCAGAGGGACUCCUGUAAUGUACCGCAGCUCGCCCAGCCCGCGCAGAUGCCGAACCGCGAUUACUCCGCUGUGUAAUUGAAAUCCGUUCGGAUUUGUGAUGAUAUCUUAGCCAAGUCCAGAGGAAGAAAUGACCAUGUAGAUUCUACAGCUUGGGUGCAGCAUAAUGGGCAAUGGUGAAUGGAGUGGAGCUGGUCUGCAGCCUUGAAAGCAGCCGUCCUGCAGACCACUAGCCAGGCAGGGACACCUUGCACGCCAGAGGCAUCCUCCACGUCCUUGCCGGACACAUACUGGAUUCUUUUUAAUUUCUCCGAUUGGAAUUCAAGAUUCCUUUCCUUCAAUUUUUAAACAGUUUUAAGAUUCUAUCAACUGUAACGAGUGGAGCAAUAUAAUCAGCAACAAUGGGUGACAUGACAAAUAGCGAUUUUUAUUCCAAGAACCAAAGAAAUGAGGCCAACCAUGCAGGAGAGUUUGGAUGCACACUGCAAGAACUGCGCUCCCUCAUGGAACUUCGAGGGACAGAAGCAGUAGUAAAAAUUAAAGAGACAUAUGGGGAAACAGAGGGGCUCUGCAGACAUCUGAAGACAUCACCAACAGAAGGAUUAGCUGGCACUGCUGCAGACCUAGAAAAAAGAAAGCUUAUUUUUGGAAAAAAUUUUAUACCUCCAAAGAAGCCAAAAACAUUCUUACAGCUAGUCUGGGAAGCCUUGCAGGAUGUGACUCUUAUAAUCUUGGAAAUUGCAGCCAUCAUAUCUUUGGGACUUUCAUUUUAUCAGCCGCCUGGAGAAGGGAAUGAAGGAUGUGGUACUGCAACAGGAGGAGCUGAAGAUGAAGGUGAGGCUGAAGCUGGCUGGAUUGAAGGUGCUGCCAUCCUACUCUCUGUUAUCUGUGUUGUGCUUGUCACUGCCUUCAAUGACUGGAGCAAGGAGAAACAGUUUCGUGGGCUACAAAGUCGUAUUGAGCAAGAACAGAAAUUUACUGUUGUGCGAGGUGGACAGGUUAUCCAGAUCCCAGUGGCAGAGAUAGUAGUUGGUGACAUUGCACAGGUGAAAUAUGGUGACCUUCUACCUGCUGAUGGGAUAUUUAUUCAAGGAAAUGAUCUUAAAAUCGAUGAGAGCUCUUUAACUGGAGAGUCAGACCAAGUCCGCAAGUCUGUUGACAAAGACCCAAUGCUCCUGUCAGGUACUCACGUCAUGGAAGGCUCUGGACGGAUGCUGGUAACUGCUGUGGGUGUGAAUUCUCAGACAGGCAUCAUCUUCACCCUGCUAGGGGCUGGAGGAGAAGAAGAAGAAAAGAAAGAUAAGAAAGAUUCUUCCCAUCCCUCCUCCCACCCUCCUUCAGCUACAGAUGGUGCAGCAGGUGCAAAUGCCACUGGUAAUGCAAAUGCCAGCUUAGUCAAUGGCAAAAUGCAGGAUGGGAAUAUGGAGAACAGCCAGAACAAAGCCAAGCAGCAGGAUGGGGCUGCUGCCAUGGAGAUGCAGCCGCUGAAGAGUGCAGAAGGGGGAGAGGGAGAUGACAAAGACAAGAAGAAAUCCAACAUGCACAAGAAGGAAAAAUCUGUUCUUCAGGGAAAGCUGACCAAGCUGGCAGUCCAGAUAGGCAAAGCAGGUUUGGUGAUGUCUGCCAUCACUGUAAUAAUUUUGGUACUAUAUUUUGCCAUUGACACGUUUGUGGUCAACAAGAAGCAGUGGUUGCCUGAGUGCACUCCUGUCUAUGUUCAGUAUUUUGUUAAAUUCUUCAUUAUUGGGGUUACUGUACUUGUGGUUGCCGUUCCUGAGGGACUUCCACUUGCUGUCACUAUUUCUCUGGCUUACUCUGUAAAGAAAAUGAUGAAGGAUAACAACCUGGUCCGCCACUUAGACGCUUGUGAAACUAUGGGUAAUGCUACAGCCAUCUGCUCCGACAAAACAGGGACGCUGACGACCAACCGGAUGACAGUGGUCCAAGCCUACGUUGGGGAUGUCCACUACAAAGAGAUCCCUGACCCAGACUCCAUACCCGCCAAAACCCUCGAACUGCUGGUUAACGCAAUUGCUAUCAACAGUGCUUACACUACAAAGAUCCUGCCACCAGAGAAAGAGGGUGGCCUGCCUCGCCAGGUCGGCAAUAAGACGGAGUGUGGGCUCUUGGGAUUUGUCCUGGAUUUAAAGCAGGAUUAUGAGCCUGUUCGAAACCUCAUCCCCGAGGAGAAGCUCUAUAAAGUUUACACCUUCAACUCUGUGAGAAAGUCAAUGAGUACUGUCAUUAAAAUGCCAGAUGGCAGUUUCCGAAUGUACAGCAAAGGAGCCUCUGAAAUCGUGCUGAAGAAAUGUUCCAGGAUCCUUAAUGCAGCUGGUGAACCUCGGAUCUUCAGACCCCGUGACCGAGAUGAAAUGGUGAAGAAAGUGAUAGAACCCAUGGCCUGCGAUGGGCUGAGAACCAUCUGUGUUGCCUUCCGAGACUUCAGCAGCAGCCCAGAGCCUGACUGGGACAAUGAAAAUGACAUAUUGUCUGACCUGACCUGCAUUUGUGUUGUUGGCAUUGAAGACCCAGUAAGGCCAGAGGUCCCAGAAGCCAUAAGAAAGUGCCAGCGAGCUGGAAUUACAGUCCGCAUGGUCACUGGAGACAACAUCAACACAGCACGUGCCAUUGCCAUAAAAUGUGGAAUCAUUCAUCCAGGAGAAGACUUUCUCUGCCUUGAAGGGAAAGAGUUCAACAGAAGGAUCCGAAAUGAGAAAGGAGAGAUUGAGCAAGAAAGGAUCGACAAAAUCUGGCCAAAGCUUCGGGUGCUUGCUCGCUCAUCUCCCACUGACAAACACACUUUGGUCAAAGGUAUUAUUGACAGCACCCAGGUGGAGCAGAGGCAGGUCGUAGCUGUGACUGGUGAUGGAACCAACGAUGGACCAGCACUUAAAAAAGCUGAUGUUGGCUUUGCAAUGGGUAUUGCUGGAACAGAUGUGGCAAAGGAAGCCUCAGACAUCAUCCUGACAGAUGACAACUUCAGUAGCAUUGUGAAGGCUGUAAUGUGGGGACGCAAUGUCUAUGACAGUAUCUCCAAGUUCCUGCAGUUCCAGCUCACUGUUAACAUUGUGGCUGUCAUUGUGGCUUUCACUGGAGCAUGCAUUACCCAGGACUCUCCUCUGAAAGCCGUGCAGAUGCUGUGGGUCAAUCUCAUUAUGGACACCUUUGCCUCCCUUGCUUUGGCCACUGAACCUCCCACUGAGGCUCUGUUGCUGAGAAAGCCAUAUGGCAGGAACAAGCCUCUUAUAUCCCGUACCAUGAUGAAGAACAUUCUGGGCCACGCUGUGUAUCAGCUCACUCUCAUAUUUACACUUCUUUUUGUCGGUGAGAAAAUGUUCAAGAUUGACAGUGGGAGGAAUGCACCCCUUCACUCUCCUCCUUCAGAGCACUACACCAUUAUCUUCAAUACCUUCGUCAUGAUGCAGCUUUUCAAUGAAAUCAACGCACGGAAAAUCCAUGGUGAAAGGAAUGUCUUUGAUGGCAUCUUCAGAAAUCCUAUUUUUUGCACUAUUGUAUUGGGUACAUUUGCUAUUCAGAUAGUAAUUGUCCAGUUUGGAGGAAAACCAUUUAGCUGUUCCCCCCUGCAGCUUGACCAGUGGAUGUGGUGUGUAUUUAUUGGACUAGGAGAACUUGUAUGGGGUCAGGUCAUUGCAACCAUCCCAACAAGUAGGCUAAAGUUUUUAAAGGAGGCAGGGAGGCUCACUGAGAAGGAGGAAGCCCCCGAGGAAGAACUCAAUGAAGAUGUUGAAGAAAUUGAUCAUGCAGAGAGAGAACUUCGACGUGGACAAAUUCUGUGGUUCAGAGGGCUCAACAGAAUCCAAACCCAGAUCCGCGUCGUGAAGGCAUUCCGUAGCUCUCUCUAUGAAGGUUUAGAAAAACCAGAAUCUAGAACCUCUAUUCACAACUUUAUGACUCAUCCUGAAUUUAGGAUAGAAGAUUCCCAGCCCCACAUCCCACUCAUUGAUGACACAGACCUAGAAGAAGACUCUGCUCUCAAGAAAAACUCGAGUCCACCGUCUUCGCUGAACAAGAACAACAGUGCUAUCGACAGUGGAAUAAAUCUUACAACUGAUACAAGUAAAUCAGCUACCUCUUCUAGUCCAGGAAGCCCAAUACAUAGCCUGGAGACAUCACUUUAGCUGAAAAGGUCACUGCAAAAAAAAAAAAAAAAAAAAAAGAGGAAAAGAAAAGAAAAAAAAGAAGUAAAAUAAAAUAACAACCCCCACAGCAACCGAAAUAUAUAAAUAUAUAUAUUAAAAACAAUGCUGGCUGAAAAGCUGUUUGAACUCUAGUUCACUCUGAGGCAAGUGAAUGAAUUGUUGAUCACAAUGGUUUUGGGGAAAGAAUGAAUGGCUGAUUUACAUAGCCCCCCCCCCCCCCCCCCCCCCCCCCUUGUUCCCUGUCAGACAAACACAACCACCCCUCCUGCAUGAACGUACUGUACACUUCUGGCCCUUCUUUCUCUCCUUUGGUUUCUUUUUCUUCCCUUUUGUUUUUUCCUCCUUAAGCAGGAACUGCAGAGGACUUCUUUCUGAGGCUAUUUAUCCAAUUCACUGGUCUGUGAGUUUUUUGAAAUGCUUGUGUGGCAUGGACUCAAUUGUAUAGAUUAAUUUAAAUAACUUUUUUGAAGUUGCAAAGCUUAACUUGCACAGUAGAUUUGCACCAGUUGGACAGAGGAACGUAAACAUUUAUGAGACUAUAUAUAGAGAUAUAUACAUAUAAGUAUAUACAUAAUUAAUUAUAUAUAUGUAUAUAUCUAUCUAUAUAUAAAUAGUUAUAUAUAUAAAGUUUCUUUGUUGGCAUGUUGCCUUGUUUCUGCUCAAAUUGCUCUGACUAUUUUAACUUAUUUAUGUCCUAAAAAAAAGAAUGUAAUUUGUUUACAAACCUGUAGAUAAUAUCCUUAACUAUUUGUAGGAUUAAGAAAGCACUUCCUGCCGAAGUAGUAUAAAACUGGCUCAGCUCAGCUCAUUGAAAAUGUCUGUAAUAUCGCACCCUGGAUAUUUUAUUACAACCGUGCUCUGAUUUCUGCCUGAUUUUUUUUUUCUUGGGUGUUAAAUAAUGUAGAUACUGCUAGUAGAUAACAAAAGAAGCCAAAAUAUAACACAUUGGAUGUAGCAUUGUGAUCCUGUAUACAGGGAGGUAAACCAGGCUUCCUUUGUUUCAAAUAAAAAUCAAAAUUAUCAGGUUGUCUCUUCCCCCCACUAAUAUGCUUGACUUUGUUUUGGUGCAACAUACACUAAAGGAGGCUGUUUCAUUCUUUUAACAUAUGGCAAUGGCUUCCAAAACUAUUUUUAGAGAGAUAUUAUAUGAGUUUAUAAAUAUAAUAAGUUAUAUUUGGGUUGUCUAUAUGGAGAUAAAAACUAAUGUUAAAAUAUUGUGAUAUAUUGUGUUAAUCCCUUUCAGUUAGUACUUUAGGCAUUGAUUUCCUUACUACUUGCAAAGUAUGGGCUGUUGGCAUUUUGGAUGAGAAUCACUGUAGGUUGUUGCUUUGAUUUUGUUUAAAGAAACAAUAUAAUUUCUGCACUAUUAGGCCUGAAUGAAACUUUAUUAAUUGUAUAUUGAGUUGUGCUUUGUCUGAUUUUUUGUUUUUUUAACUGAGCUUGUCUUCCUGUAGUCUCAAGGUAUCACUGUAACACAGUCCUGCGUUAUUGUACCUUGAGCUUUCUACGAAGAAAGCUGUUUAGAAAACCUGCAGUAUGGAGGGUAAAAAAGGAUUUCUCAAGAUGGUAACAGCCCUGAUAACAUAAAACUUACGAGCUUCUAUAAUUGCUUUGUCAACCACUUGAAUGCUAAGCACUUUGUGGAUCACAGAUUUUUCAUAAGUAAUUUUUGUAUUUAAUAUAAAGUUUGCUUGGAGACUUUUCAGCAUAUGAUCUUUUUCCGUAACUGUACAGUGCAAAAGACAUUUUGAAUUACACAAUUGAUUCUGCCAGAUGUGUUGAAAAACACUCUCAAACUAGCUUGAUAAAUUGAUUUGUUAAGGUCUUACUGGUUGUCUUAGAGUUGGCUCGUAAAGUGGUGCAUCUCUGCAGUCACAAGCACUAAACCAAGCCAGAACUCUCCAAAACAAGAUUAGACUCAUGGCCAAACUGCAGACUGAAGUGACUAAAACGUUUUCAGGGUGCAUCAAGACUAUUCAGCCAGGUAACGCUCUAAUCAGCUUGACUUGCCAGCUUCCGGACUCUUGUGUAGAAGCUUGAAUGUUUUUUGGCUCAAAGUCUUAGUUCGCUAUCUGAUCCAAACCUUUCACUCAACAGCAGAACAGGUUUUUGGAGGCAUAUACAACUCUCUCUUCAACACAUAGUGUGACCCGUUUCUUAACAGUAAAAAGCUAGCAUGGAAACAUAAUUAUUUAGCUAACUCCUAGCAACAAAGUGAUUGAAACUCAGUCAGGAUUGUUCGCUUUGUAAAUAUGGUGAUUAACCUUUGUAUAACAUGUAUUGGGUUUCUAUGGCCUAUUUGGGAUAUCAUAUUCGGAAGAAAAAAAAAGUGUUAUCUAUUUACAGGGAAGCCUCUAGCUUUGGACUUGAACAUCUACAGAAGCUACUAAUACUGGAACAAUUUACUUUCAGCAUCUUCACACUGACUGUUUGCCUUUUUAUUUCCAAACACUCUUUAUGUUUUCUCUUGGUUUCAUUUGUCUUUUAAUUCUCCUGUAGGAGUACCCCUCCCUAAGGUACCAUUUGCAGACUUGAAAACUGUUAAGACAAUGAACACUGCAUUCUGUGUAUAUAUAGUAAAACAUAUAUAAACUGAGAUGCAUAGAAAACUUGGGCUUUUGUGAGCAGAGACUGUGCUUUAUGUAUAUGAUAAAUGAUAGAUUUUUUUUUUUUAAAGCAGAAUAGCUAUGACCUUUCAACUACAAGUCGUGCAUCACAAUUCCUUUCUUUUAUUGCUUGACCUCUCUGUGAUGGGAACAAUGGAUCAAAAACCAAAAUGAUCAGUUUGUUAAAAUUCCCUGCAAUAUAUAAAUGCUCGCUCUCUACGUACUGUAUUUAGCAGCAUGAGAUUUGUGGACAACAAUACAGUGGUACAUUGGCAAUCCAUCCCACUAGGGGUUAUUAAUAUAUGUUCAUUCAUCUGUUUUUAUGAAUUUUUUUAUCUAGACAAUAAUUGUAAAUAAAGAACUUAACUCUGUCUGUUCAUUUAAUACUAUGCAAAAGGUUAUGCUUUCUAUUGUUAUUCUUAUUCCUACAGUGUGAUGCUGGAAUGUUUGUGGUUUCAAAAAACAAAAAACCAAAAAAAAAAAGACAAAAGUAAGUAAAAUAUGUGAUGUAAAUUAUUUUAUAGUUUGAAACAAAAUGAUGAAGUUUUACUCUUGCUGCUUUCUGUCUAAUAGAUCUCUCUUGGCAGGAGCACAAGUGGAAAAUUUAAAGAAAUAAAUUCACAAAGCAGCAUGAACAAUAA